CAAUAUUGCCCAAGAUGUAGGCCGUCAGACGCUGGUGAGAUGCUCCUUCUCCGCAAACGCGCCAGAACGCGUCGGCGCGUGCUUCUGUAUCGCCGAACCACCAAUGCCCACCUCAACCACCUGUCAAAUCACAUAAUAAUAAUCGGUCAUCUAGGUGGAAAUCUAGCCCACCACGAUAUCACCGCAAAAUGAGAAAUGCAACUUGGGAUAUGGACAACUGGUGGCGUGGCGGCGGCGGUGGCAAUGAUGACGAGGAAGAACCAUCCCAGGACGACAGUGAGAACGAAUCUGGUGUGGAUGAGGACGAUGGCUCUCAGAGUGAGACUUCAACAACACCUGAGCCAGAAUCCUGUAUUGGAGACCCUCCGUCCGAAACCCGUGAGGCCAGGAGAAUGAAGUCAAAAAUACGCUAUUUACUAGAUACGCUCACCACUUCUGGGAAGUUCGCCCACAAAUUUGUGAUUGAGAAUCCAGUAAACCCAGGUUUGCGCAUAGCAGAACACGGAAUCGUGGGCCUUCCGAUUACGGCUGAUGUGGCGGCCUCGCUGCUCGGGCACAGAAACACCAUGGAAUCGGAUCCUGGAUACGCUCUUUUUGAGGCAUGCAACAUCAAACUUAUCAAUCUGCAGUGGUGUGUAGCUGUGGAAAGCGCCCGAAAGCGCCUCUGCGACGACUUAUUCGCUGGGGAGGACCAUUCUUUGGCGGGCCCUCGGCUCGUGUUAUGCUCUACAGCCCAAGACUUGACCGAAAUACUCGGAGCCACUGCCCGCCUCAAUGUUUUGGGUACCGUCUUGAUAACAUUGCCUGCAAUAACUGGUGACUUCCAAGUGUACUUGUCAAACGCGACAGAGAAAUUCUCCUUCGAAAGCAGUGACAAUUCUUUCUCGAGUGCGGAGAUUGCCUGGCUUCGAGAUACCAAGGUCCAGCUCUCAGGGCUUAAGCAAGGCUGCUUUGCUGCUCUUGCUUACGAUAUACUCAGCUCUCACGGUCCCGAAGCCCAACCGAGCACCUUUGCAGAGGCUAUCCGGUGUCGGACUCAGCUUCGAGAGCUGCUGGACGCAUGGUUUACAGCAGGAACCGGUAUAGUCGGCACGGCGAACAGCCUUGCCUACAGACUAUCACGUACUUAUCCAGAGUCUUUGCUCAACCUCGGGACGCUGGAUGCCAUCGAUAGUGCGAUAGCAAGCUUUUUGGAGAAGACUUGUGAAGACACUCCCUACUCCAUAUGCCUGGCCAAUGUUUCGCGAACGAUUCUCGAGGAUACUUACCAUCAGAGUGAGUCUCAAAGGGCGGUAUGCCCCUCUUCCGGUGCGAAUGCCAUCAUCGAGUUCUUUGCAGACGACAAAACUGUGCUCGACGAAGUGUACGAUCUGCAUGGGAGGCCCAUCGCAAGUGGAGCAAAAUUUGACUCAACCUGGUUGAUUCAAAACGAGGUAUAUGAAAGCGAGCGGGAGCCAGAUGAGGAGGACGUCGAGGGAGAAGAUGACGAUGUACGCUGCUUUGAAGAGGACAAUUCUUGGAAGCAUGUUUAUCUUGAUACUGUUGUACUUAUCUUGACCCGGCACACUCUUGUGGACCUCAUUGUGGGACGCAGCAUGAAAAGUGAGGCUGACCGAGCUCGAUGUAUCCGAGAAGCGUACGAACAGACAAAGAAAGAGCCCUCCAGUCAUGAAAAACGCCUGUUCCUGCAAACGCUGUGCCGGCGCAUCCUCGAAAGGGUUGCACACGAAAAGCGACAUACCCGCAGCUCAGGCUCUUACCAUUACACCGGGUUCAUACAUCCUUUCACGUCGAACAAGCCACAACUUCCAGAAGACGACCUCUUAAAUCUAGUCAUUGAUGUCAUAAUCGAAAGACCGGAACCAGAGACGUCGGACAUACUUCAAAAGGCUAUCGAGUUGACGGAUAUGUCUGCUCAAACAGGCCUGGAGAAGAUCAUCCGCGUUAUACCAGUGCUAGAGUUCGAGCCGUUCUCUCAAAGCUUGAGCAUAGCAGCUGGACAAAUAUCGCAGUUGAAAAUCCGCUAUGAGCGUUUAAAAAUGCUUGAAGACUGGUGCCACGAGCAUUUACCAGCUCGCCAUCAGCAGCUGAAAGGCUGGGUGGCCAGCAACCUCGCGGAAUUGUGCCGAUCCUUGGCCCAGCAAGGUAAGGACGUCAAUGGCGAUGUCCUUACAGAGAUAGCUCUAGCUUACCAGAGCGAUUCUUUCAUUUCGUGCUUUUUGGCGCCAGGCAUCAGGAUCAACGAUUCUGAAGCUCUUCUGCAUGGUUUUCAGAUGAAGCAAGGCGACUCUUACGCAGUGUCUCAGAUACCUGUGACUGUACGAGCAAUAGUCAGAGAUCUUGCGUCCGAUGAGCUUGCUCGGAAAGCCCCGAUCGUGGCCCUGCUCGAAGAGAGUCUCAAAUUGGAGAGUGAUCUUUUCAAUGACUUGAUCAAUGCCAUGGUUACUUCACCAGCUAUGAAAGGACGAGACGGCAUCCCAGCUCUCUUCGACGCUCAACGCAGUGGCCAGGGCCGGAUCGUGAAGAUACAACCAAACUCGGCACAGCGAAGCAAGGUGGAGGACUUCUUGAACGCCGUGUCGUUACACUACUAUGUCUUCGAAGUCGGGCGUCCGCCUCAAGGAUAUCCGACUCUUCAGCGGUGCAUCUGUCCUGCUCUGCAGUCCACCCCUCAAGGCCGGGAAGUGAACGGAUUCCUCCUGAACCCCAAAGCAUCCACGUUUACCAGCUCGAAAUGGGAUGCCAGAACGCGUGACGACGUAUCGCGGGCCCUGACAGACUGUGAUAGGCAAUUGACAGUCUAUGUCGACAAAAAACGAGCGCCCGGCAGUUCGACUUACCAGCUGUACCUCCGCAAGGAAGACCAUAUCUUCGAGGAUCGCCAGAGGACCUGGCGCGCAAAGCGGAAUCGGUACAGGGACAUGCUCAGUCAAAUCGCCGACCUCGGAUUCCUGCAAGACUCUCGAUAUGCCUACCUGAAGUCAGAAGAUUGGAAGUACAUGGAGACUUUGGUACUGCCUCAAGGACCACUGAGUCUCAGGCGAUACUUCACCUGGUUGUUGUCGGCGAUUUUCCGCGAGGAACUUACGCGAAAGAUCGAACAGCAAGGCGGCAGAGUCCUGGAUAUUCCAGAUAUUGACGGACCAGAUGUGAUAGGCAUAGGCGACGGACGGCCACUGGAUUUUGCAGGAAGCACCCUUCGAUACUGGCAACCGCCAAUGGUCCACGCAAACGAGAUGUUACACCAGUUGCAGCAGAUGGCGAGUGCAAGCGCGAACGCAAAUGUCAAUGCUGAAUCAGGCGAGUAUCAGGCAUUGACUGACCUGAACGCACGUAAACGCAAAGCCGAUCAUCUUGAGCCACUCGCUGAGAGCUCGAAUUUGGCUGGCCAGCAGAAACGACCCAUGAGGGGCAAGGAAGUUGAGAUUAUUGACUUGGUUGACGAUUGAGCACCCAUCUUGAGUUUUGUCUUGAUUUCAGGGCAGACGUUUGAGCGCUGCUUCAUGUACUUAUUAUACAUGUCUAUAUGUGUCUGGAAAGCAAGCGUGCAAGCGAGGCGCUUUGGUAAUGAUC